CGGGUUAACUGGUGGUACAGGAAGUUCCUUGAAAUGCUCAUCAAGAGUUUGGUAAACAUCUCUCUUGUCUGGGACUCUUGAUGGCUGCAGAUUAGGACUCCACAGGAACUUCCUGAAACUGGUGCCGCCCUUACAAUUAUAAGUAACGGCAAACUUCAACCCCAAACCACUCAGACCGACAGAGAGAGGAUUAUAAACUGGUGUGGACACACUCGGUUUAAAUUUUUCUUUGGAAGUACCUGAGAGGGGAUAGGGCAUUUUUUAAGGCUUUAGGAGAACAGCUCCUGUGCUGUGCACGUCUCUGCAUCAGGUAAAUGAAAUCUCUCAAGCUCAACCUGUUCUGUUGCAACUAGCUUGUUUGAAAUGCUGAAUCUGAGUGACAAGUUCAACCAGCCGGUCAUUGCACCCUGGACCAGCCUGUGACAUGUAGAUUGAUCUGUCAUGAGUUGGAGAUCAUAAGACACAUUUCUAACCAAAGACAGCUCUUGCUCUGAGACGGACAGGUGGAUAAACCUCCCAACUUUCAAUCAUGGGUGAAUGGGGCUUCCUCGGGGGGCUCUUUGACAGCCUCCAGGCCCACUCCCCCAUGCUUGGACGUUUCUGGCUCUUAAUCAUGCUUGUUUUUCGGAUUUUAAUCCUGGGAACUGUAGCCAGCGAUCUGUUUGAUGACGAGCAAGAAGAGUUUGCCUGCAACACCCUCCAGCCGGGCUGCAAACAGGUGUGCUAUGACAUGGCUUUCCCCAUCUCCCAGUACAGGUUUUGGGUGUUUCACAUUGUCCUGAUCGCCACGCCGUCUCUAGUGUUCCUCAUGUACGCCAUGCAUCACGACAACAAGAGGAACAACAGGUCUAAAGUCCAUCAGAGUGACAGCAGCGACUCCAGAGCAGACCUUCAUUUCAGGAGGUUUUACGUCGUCAAUGUGGCCUUCAGAAUACUGGCCGAAGUUGGGUUUCUAGUAGGGCAGUGGUAUCUGUACGGCUUCAAGGUGGAGGCCCAGUUCCCCUGCAACCGCUUCCCCUGCCCCUACACGGUGGACUGCUUCACCUCCCGCCCCGCAGAGAAAACCGUCUUCCUCUGCUUCUACUUCAUCGUUGGGGUGAUAGCAGCGAUUUCCAGCUGUGCAGAGCUCCUCUAUGGCUCCAUGAAGUGGUUCUGCUCAAACCAUCCAGCCCAUGACCGGGAGAGCUACUGUGUUUGUGAGAACCAACAAAACUCAAAGCAUUGUGAAGCGAGGGCAGUCGAGAAACCACACGGGAAGGCAAUGACUGCGAGUUUGCCCAACAGUGUGAGGCUGAAGGCGGGGUCGCUGAGGAGCAGCGCCAGCAGGAAAGUCUCCAGCAUCGGACACAAGCCCAGAGGCAAAUAUGUGAGCACCAAGACCCUUAUGGUUUGAGCGCCAAGACCCUCAUGGUGUGAGCGCCAAGACCCUCAUGGUGUUAGCGAGAUUGAUUCAAACUUAGUGUAAUUAAUGACUUUUAACCAAGUCCUCGUUUGUUGUGAUUGAGCAUUUAUUUGAAUGAAAGACAUUAUUUGAAGGGGAAGUGGGAUCAGGAAAUAGGCAAAGACAAGACAAGAAUAAAGGCUUUGAUACUGCG